AUGAUGAGCAACUUAAAUUUAAACAAAAUAACCUAUAUCUAUGAAUUGCCAUAUGCAGAACGUAAGGAAUUCUGCAAUAUAAUGGACAUGAAUGAUAAAUGGGAAGAACUAGGUGGAUAUUAUAUGAAAAUUGACCUUGCAACAAUAUUUAAACUUAGUAAAGCUCCCAUGCGUAAUCAUUCUUCCACUGAUGAACUUUUAACAUUAUGGGGAGAACAAAAUCAUACAAUAUUAGAACUAUUUAGUAUUUUAAAUAAAAUGCAGCAUUAUCAAGCAAUGAUUAUACUUAAACCAUUCGUCGAUCAUAAGUAUCAUAAAUUAAUAAAUCAGGGUGCUAUAAGCUUAAGUUACUUGGUAAAGUCCGAAACUGGCAACAAUUUAAAUAAUGAAGUUGGCAAUGUUAUAAAACUGAACACUGAUAACAAUGAAAGAAGAGUUAAUAAUCUAAAACGUAAAGAUUUAAAUACAUCUGAUCUAUCUGUUACGCUUUCCUCUGCUGAAGCAUGUAUCCCUUUGAUAACAUACAAAGAACUGGAACAAGCUACCAAUUACUGGAAUAAGGAAAAUAUUUUGGGAAAAGGAGGUUUUGGAGUGGUUUUUAAAGGUAUAUGGAAAAGCACGGCUGUUGCUAUUAAACGUCUUGAAGCUCAGAAAGGAGCAGAACAACAAUUUAAUAUUUUAGAAGCUCAAAGACAACAAUCAUUAAGAGAACUGAAGUAUUUAAAUUCUUGCAGACAUGAUAAUAUUUUAUCCCUAUAUGGAUUUAGUAUUGGUGGUGAAAAACCAUGUUUAGUGUAUCAAUAUAUGAUCAACGGUUCUCUUGAAGAUCGAUUACAAUGUCUACAAGGAACUGAACCUUUGACAUGGAACAUUCGUUUUAAAAUUGCAACAGGAUCAGCUAGAGGAUUGCAAUUUUUACAUGGAAUGGAUUUAAUCCAUGGAGAUAUUAAAAGUGCAAAUAUUCUCUUGGAUCCAUAUUUUGAACCUCGUAUUGGUGAUUUUGGAUUGGUUCGUGAAGGGCCUCUUCAAGAAUAUACUCAUGUAAAAGUUAGUCAUGUUUACGGAACAAGGCCUUAUCUACCAGAUGAAUUUUUAAGAGGCAAAAAGUUCUCCACUAAAGUUGAUACUUAUAGUUUUGGUGUAGUGCUUUUUGAAAUUGCUACUGGACAAAGAGCAUAUGACAGUUUAAGAAAUCAUAAAUUUUUAAAAGACCACGUUGAAAAUAAUGAUUGUUCAAUUUCUGAUAUGGCAGAUGCGAAGGCAGGACCAGAUGAAAAUAAUCUAUAUGCUUCUCUUAUGACUAUUGGUAAACAUUGUGUUAGUUAUAAAGCAAAAGAUCGUCCAGAAAUGGAACAAGUAUUAAGGAAAUUAGAUUGUGUUAUGUUACAAGAAAAACAAUCUACCAUCAGACACAGUUUACCUACAUUUCCAAACGAGAUGCCAAAGAUAAAACUUUCAAUUUACCAUCCUCAGCCAUGGCUAAAUAGUCCUGUACCGAAUAUUGAUUUGUUAAAACCAAUUACAAAAGGUCCAGCAAUGCCUCUAAUAAAAAAGAAGAAUUGUCUUAAAGUAACGAGCAAUCCAGAUUCUACAAGAUCCACAAAUCCCUCGCCAUCCAUUUAUGAAUCACCUUCCGACAGUAAUGGGGAUUCGAAUAGACCUACAUUUGAUGAUCCUGAACUUCAAACUACUGUUGAAAUUACUAAUAGUGCUCAGAAUAAUUCAACUACUGGAAAAUGUGAUCAAUUGAUACCAUUGAUAUCAAAACUACAGGAAUUACAACCUAAUCAAAACUCUAUAUAA